UCUCGUCUGCCCGGAACUGCCACUGUCCACGUCUCGUUCCUUCACAUAAUCGAUAGAAAUAUGCCAGAAUUGGUAGAAUUCGCGAUUGAUGAUGGCCUGAAGCCAGGGCAGGUGAUCACCAUUCAAGGAAAGAUUCCAGAUAAUGUGGAACAGUGGUGGAUACGUAUCUACGGCGGUGACGUCAUACUUCUUACUAUCGGAAUUCGUUCUGACGAGGACCGGGUGAUAAGGAACAGCAACAAUGGUGAAUGGGGAGAUGAAGACAGCUGCGACCCCUGCCCAUUCAAGCCUGGAGAUUCAUUCGACGCCCAGAUUCGUGUCCUCGAGGAUGGAUACAAAAUUGCCUUUGACGGAGACGUCUACUGCAACUUUGACCACCGUGAAGACAUCUCUUCAGCGACGCACAUCAGGGUCAACGACGUUCAAGUAACAAACAUCAGCGUCGAGGGCAGAUCGUCUCUCCCGGAAGAAUACUUCAGUGAGACAAGAUCGGACUUCUCCACGGGCUCCAGGGCCAGUGUUACCGGCAUCAAAACUCCCUACCACGCGAACAUCCCUGGUGGAUUGAAGCCAGGAACACUGAUCCAACUCGUGGGAACACCGACGGAUGAGGGCAACGAUAAAUGGCUGUUCCGCCUUCAGACUGAUAUAGGUAGCAAGGAUGCGGGUGAGCCGGUUGAGGACAUCGGUCUGUCGUUCGCAUGCCGCUGGGAUGAAGACGCCAUCAUCAUGAACAGCAGAAAGAGAGGAGACUGGGGCGACGAGGAGCGCGGAUUCAUGGUGUUUGAGAAGGGAACGAAGUUCGAUCUGGCAUGCCUUGUCACCGACGACGGAUACAAGAUUUCCGUUAAUAACGGCCACAUCGCCAACUUCUCCCACAAUGUGCGAAUGAAGCAUGUUGAUGUGAUCUUCAUCUACGGAGACGUCAAGAUCGCCAACCUGUUCAUUCACGAGUAGUAAACUCGCCGCAACGAGCGUCGUGUGCGACCACUAGGUGGCUCUAGUAUAGAGGUUUCAUGCGAGUUCUCCGAAAUAGGCGGCUAUGCCCUAUAUCUUGGUUACGCUAGUAUAAUCAACUUCAACUCACUAAAGGAAACACUAUUAUUGCGACUAUAAAAAUCUAUAGAAAAGACAAAUAUUGGGAUUCACGAUACGUCAAAGAAACUAGGGAAACCAGCUGUGUAUUAAGAUAUUCAUUUUAUUGUGCCUCUACUGGAAUCCAUUACAGAAAAUUACAAUGCUGCUGUCGCUCUUAUAAAUCUAGUGAUAUCUUCGUAUAUGAAAAAAUAUAUUCGCUGAACACUGA